CUUUUGCAUUUUAGUGGACGUAAGAGGAGAUCGAGUGCGGAUGACGGAGUCAUGGAUGAUUGUAUGGCCGCUAUGGUACUCAUGAGUCUUUCCUGUAGCCCAAAGUCUCCUUGCCUGCCUAUUAAUGGUUGGUCCCCUCCAGCCAUCGCCAGCAGCUCUGGAGCAUCCAGUUAUUGUUCCGGAGGUGGUGGUUCUACUCGGGCCACUCCAUCGCCUCCCAUGGUGGACUCAGGUCAGACGGACGAAGGCAUCGAUUCGGACGCUUCCUCCUCCUUUCGCCGCUGAUGAUGCCUUUCCAGCUCCCAAAAGAAAAAGCCCCUGCCGCACAAAAGUUGUCUUUCAGUGCACAUGGCCAGGAUGUGGCCAGCAGUAUCAAGAAUGUGAUCAGGUGGAAAGACAUGUUAGAACUCAACAUCUCAAGCGUGGCGGUGAAGCGUUGGAUUCUGAAGGCAGCGAUCACGAGGAAGAGUUUUAUUACACAGAAAUGGAAGUUGAAAGCCCUCUUAGCCCCUUUCUUCAGGGUUCCAUUUAUUCUUCUUCAGUACCCACGCUCAGCCACUUGGAUAUGGCCAGGCCUGCUCACGAAGAUCCAGAGUACAAAAAGCAGACUCAAGUUCUUGGACCAACUGUAGUGCAAGCGUCUCCUAUCUCCAUACCACAGCUGCAGAAGUCUGCCGCUUGGCAUCUCCAUGGAUAUGCCGCCAGUGCCCCAAGUAACAUGGGUUCUCCCCAGAAGUGCAUGCGUCUGAGUAUCAAGCCGACUUCCUCCCCCAGCAAGUCGUCAUCCCCGCUGCACCGUCGCACGCGGUCAGAAAGUCGCAAGUGUCGGAAAGUCUAUGGCAUGGAAAAUAGAGAUAUGUGGUGCACUCAGUGCAAAUGGAAAAAAGCCUGUACUCGGUUUGUAGACUGAAAACACCCAGAGACGCAGUCUUCAGACAUCAUCUUCGAGAAUACUUAUUCUUCUGAUGUGUUUCUCUUUUUUUCUUCUGUCUCAAGAAUAUUGAAAGGAUUUUAUCUUGGUGAACUUGAGUCUGUGUAUUCUUUAACCAGGAAGAUCUCUCUCAAAUGGACAGCCACCUUCUAUGCAACUUCAUGAGCCUAAUCAACAAGAGCCUUCUAUGAGUUUCAUGAUACAGAUCUGCAUAUGAAGGCUAAAUAUUGGACAUAUAAACCUUGAAGAAUACUCAUGGCUGGUCAAAUUUGCAAACAUCUAUUGGGAUGAACCUUCUGUAGACUCAAAAGAUGUGUUUAGAUAUUGUUAACUCGUAAAAGAAUUAAUUUAAAUAUGUUUGUUCUAAAUUUUGCUUCUUUUAUUGAUAUAUUUAAGCUGUAAUUUCAGUAUAUUUAUUACUUUUUUUAUUUCAAAAUUUAUUUUAUAUUAAAUAUACUUUCUGAUAUCUUAUUAUUAACUCAUAUGAUGCAGUGACAUUAGCAGUCAAUGAAAGUGGUAUCAGAAAUGUAUUAUAUGUGUUAUUGUCUCAAGCCAGUCAUCUGUAUUUACUUCAAAGAAGUAUAUGUCACACUUCAACAAAAGUGGCUUUCAAAGUAACGAAACAACUCGAGGUAUAUCUGUCGUCCAAUUUUCUAGCUAUUUUUAAACUUAUUUUGUCAUUUCUCCCACAAGAUGUGUUCAAGUAUUUAUAAACAGCGGAAAGAUAAAUUGCCACUUCAAUUUUUUUUCUUUGAUUGCUCAUGCAUUUUUGGCCAAUUUCAAAGGUGAUUAUAGACUUUUAUAUUUAUAUGUAAAUACAUAUGUUUUAUUGUAUUUAAAUUUAGUAUAUAUAGAUAUAUUAUAUAUUAUAUAUAUAUAUUUAGAUUGAGAAUGUGUAUAAAAAAAUUUUUAUUAAAAAUUGCAGUUGUUAAUUGCAUUCCUGUAUGCCGAAUGGCAGCAGAGCUAAGUUUGACUUGUUUGCUAAUGGACGACUUCUGAUGAUGUCAAAGAAAUUGAAAAAUGAUACCAAUUCACUGCCUAGUCAAUAUUAUGUAUGACCAGUAAAGCUUCUGAUUGAAAUGUUAUGCAUUUUCUGCACAGGUUUCUGUUUACUGCCAUUCUGUUGUGGACAUUUUGUUGUUACUUGUUUUGAGAGAAAUAGCAGUAAAUAAUACUGCACUUAAAGACAGCCUUAGCAAAAUAGAUUUUAAUUAUUUUUAGUAAGUAAUGCUUAAUUUAUUUAAAACUUGAAUAAAAAUAGCAAAAAAUAUAUUUUAAAACCUAAAUGGAAGCUUGCUGCCUAGCGAUAUGUUUCAGUCACAUUUAAAUUAUAAUUACUGAGACAGAAGAUAAUUUUUAAUACUCUGAAACCUCUUUCCAGAGUUUUAUUGCAAUAAUUUAUCUCAGAAAGAGGAUAUGUUAGACGUUUUAUUAAAUGAAUUACCAGGCUGUGAGCACUGGUGAUUUCCAUUGGGUGUGAGAACAUACUUAAAGAAUAUGUCUGUUUAUAAGAUAUGAAAUUGCUUUUCUUAGGAAACGACUCUACUCAAAAAUGUGCAUACGGCAGAGAAUGCUGCAUGUAUCAUUUAAUGUGUAUCUACCAGUAUAAAAGUGUGAAAGUUCGUUUGGGAUGAUUCAAACAGGCAUUCAAAUGAGAUAUACUGUUGUACCUGAUUUCAACGCUAUUCAAGGGCAACGAAUGCUUCAUCCCUUCUCUUGCUCGGUCAUUUUGUACAGGUCAUUUUUAAAGAGUAUUUAACUAAACAUAAUUCUUCACGAUAUAUCUAUUUUAUGUGUUUUCCGAAGUUUUUAUUCCAUAAAAUCUAUAUAUUAUCAAUGUCUUGUCUAUGCAUUGUAGUUGUAAUUCAAUAUGAAGGUCGAGGUUAUCUCAAUCUUUAGGUAAAAUAAAUGUCAAUUUAAAUGUGAAAUUAAUUAAUUUUUUGUUUGCAAGUAAUUGCUGAACUGCUGCAUAUUGGCAUUAAAGUGAACUAGAACUCAAAACGAAAAUUUUACUUAACAAACUUGUUUGAAAUCUGCUUAAUGAUAUCCUGGCAAUUUUUAUUUUUUACUCUCGCUAAAUUGGGAUUUAAUUUAAUUUAAUCAUAAAAUGUGAUGUAGUAAUGUGUGAUAAUUUGGAAUAAGAAAGUUUUAUUUUUCAUUUCUUCCUUGUCAGUAUCAGUAUUGGCAGCGUUGCUUACUUUAUCUCUUAUCUUCUGAAUAUCAUCAAGCGAAAUGUGUUUUUCAUAGACCUUUUCCAAAAUCUGUGUACUGAACAGAAAAAUACAUUUGCCUAGAGGAAUUUAUGAAAGAGUAGAGAAAAAUGUCAAAUCAAUGAAUUAAACAUAUUUUUAUGUAGCGUAGUUUGUUUCUCAUAUGAUUCUAUCUGUGAUCACUUAUAAAUUGUGUAUAAUUAUACUGUAAUAUUUUUAUCUUUCUGUAGCUUUAAAUAUUGUCUUAGUUAAGUAUUUUGUGCCUUUAAAUUUAUAUUCAUCUCGUAACAGAAUUUUGAUUUCAUAGCAAAAUAAAAAAAAAACAUUCAUUCACUUGCUUCAAAAUCAUUUUAUGGUGAUAUAUAUAUAUAUAUCCAUAUAGGCUUAGACUUAUGUGGAUUAAAUUUUAUGCAUGUUUAACUAAGUAGCAUCUUUUACUUUUUUUAUUCUGUUACAUAUAUAUUUUUUAAAUAAUAAUAACGUUAAAUUUAUGUUACUUCAUUCAUUUGAAGUAUCAGUUAAUAA